AUGAGUUUUGCACAAGUGACCGGACGAGAGCCUGCUCCAGCCUGGCCGGUUGCUGCCUUCGCCCUGUUACUAGAGCGGUGCCGGUUCAGCUGUGGCCGGUCGCAGACACCCGGCUUAGGAGCCCGUGGCUCGCCGGCUGAGGCGGGCCAGUGCCGCGGCCAGAGCCUUGUGUUUCGCUAUGGGGAGCAGAGGAAGCCCGAAGGCCGGCGACGAGGCCGGGACACGCUCCGGCAGCGCCCGGGGCGAACUCAGAGGCCGAGUUUCCUGAGAUACAAGGUUUUAGAAAUAAAAAGAGGAAGCCAGACUAAUGAACUCAAAAUGAAGGGAACGUAUGAAGUAAGACAUCUGUAUAUUUGUGAUUUUCACAAGAACUUCAUUCAAAGUGUCCGAAACAAAAGAAAGAGGAAGACCAGUGAUGACGGAGGUGACUCUCCUGAGCACGAAACGGAUGUCCCGGAGGUUGACUUGUUCCAGCUCCAAGUGAACACUCUGCGACGUUACAAGAGACAUUAUAAGUUACAGACUAGGCCUGGACUCAACAAGGCUCAGCUAGCAGAAACUGUCAGUCGUCACUUCAGGAAUAUUCCUGUGAAUGAGAAAGAGACGCUCGCAUAUUUCAUCUAUAUGGUGAAGAACAACAAGAGCAGGCUGGACCAGAAAUCCGAAAGUAGCAAGCAACUAGAAUGA